AUGGCACUGAAAUUGGUCGAUAAUGCGGCCAAGUUGGCCACGAAGCCCGAGGCCCCCAGCAGCACCGAAGUAAUGGGGAUAACACACACAAGCAAGAACGUACGUACGUGUGCGCUCAGCGCUUCGGCGCGGGCUGCCUUCGAUUACGGGGCGGGCACGUAUCCUAGUGGUGCCGAUGUCGCGGGCACGUAUUCUGGUGGUGCCGAUGUCGCGGGUACGUAUCCUGGUGGUGCCGAUGUCGCGGGUACGUAUCCUGGUGGUACCGAUGUCGCGGGCACGUAUGCUGGUGCCGCCGGUGCCGCCGGUGCCGCGGGCACGUAUACUGGUGGUGCCGAUGUCGCGGGUACGUAUCCUGGUGGUGCCGAUGUUGCGGGCACGUAUCCUGGUGGCGGCCGUACCGCGGGCACGUAA